ACUAUUAUUUAUAUUAUGUAAUAAAUUACCCAUUAAAUUGUAUUUUAUUAACGUCACCCCUACCCUACAUUUACCCCUUACAGUAAUGUAAAAAUGUGAAUUGUUGUAUAGUGUCACAAAAAUUAAGCAGAAGCUGUAUCCCUUUAAAGCGUCUGCAGUGCGCGUGGCGUCAUGAGAUAAGCCACGCCCACCAUAUACGAAUUCUUCCUGAUAUGAAACCGAAGUCAGUCGGCGGAGAGUGAACUUGACAGAAUCAUUGGGAGAUGUCUGCGCAGGCCGACCGUGAGGUGGAUCUGUCCGAGUGGGAGAACUGCUGGCAGGAGGGAAGAAUCAGUUUCCACAGAUCUGAUGUGCACAAUUUGCUGAAGGCUAAUGUGGACAAACUCAUAUGUGGACGACGGGAGGUUCGGUUCUUCUUCCCGCUUUGUGGAAAGGCUGUAGAUAUGAAAUGGCUGGCUGAUAUGGGGCACACGGUUGUUGGUGUUGACAUUUCUGAAAAAGGAAUUAAAGAGUUUUUCCAAGAGCAAAAUCUGGAGUAUAAUGAAGAAGCUGUGGCAGAUAUUCCUGGAGCAAAGCUUUUCAAGAGCACAGAUGGGAAGAUCUCCAUCUAUCAGUGUGAUUUAUACAAGUUCUCCAGUGCUGUUGCGGGACACUUUGGAGGGAUCUGGGAUCGAGGAGCACUGGUGGCUAUAAACCCAUGUGAUCGGCAAAAGUAUGCAAGUCUGCUUGUGUCUUUAAUGAGCAGCGACUGCAGAUAUCUGCUGGACACGCUGGAAUAUAACCCUGAGCUUUAUAAAGGUCCACCAUUCUUCGUGUCAGAAGACGACAUAAAAACUGUAUUCGGAGGAAGCUGUAAUAUUGAUCUUCUGCAGAGUGUGGGUGGCUUGGAGGAAGGGCACAAAUCAUGGAGACUGGAUUCACUCACAGAGAAACUUUACCUGCUCACUACUAAAACUCAGUAAUCAUCACCAGACCAGACCAGCGUUACAAACUCAUCACUUGACAACAGCAACAAAUGCAUAAGGGACUCGCAAAUAAGGAUGCAGAAAAGAUGCAAUUAUUUUCCAAUUUUAAUAACAGAUUUUUGCUAUUUUAAUAUUUGGACAUGAUUGUACAAUAAUUGAUUAAAUUGUUAUAUUUUGAGAUAUCUUGUGUGUGUUUUAAAACUGGAUUCAGAGCAUUUUAUCAUGCGAUUUCUCAGUGUGGCCACAAGAGGGCAGCAGAUUGACAUAAUGGCGAGUUUUUAUCUGCACAUGCGCGUUUUUAUUCAUAAACUGUGCCAAAAAUACCCUUCUGCCUUUAACACGAUGCUGUAGCAUAAUAAAGACUUCUGUUCAGA